GCUGUACUGCUUUGGAUGGAGAACCAAACCUCUGUGAUUCCUCUCAAACAGCCGAUUGUUUUUGAACUGGARGGAUUUGAUGUUCAACCAGGCAACGGACCGUUCUUGUUUCUGUUGGCUUUGCUCGCCUACAUAACAGUGUUACUGGGGAACGGUGUGGUGAUCUGUGUUAUUAUGACAGACAAGAACCUGCACAGACCCAUGUUUGUUAUGAUCUGUCACCUCAUGGUCUGUGACCUGCUGGGGGCCACAAYGKUSCUUCCUCGCCUCAUGAUGGAUCUGUUGAUGGGGCUGAAGAAGAUCGSCUACAUCCCAGCCAUCGUCCAGGCAUUCUGCGCUCACACAUAUGGUGCAGCAAUGUUGACAGUUUUAGCUGUGAUGGCCUAUGACAGGUAUGUGGCAGUGUGUGAACCUCUCAGGUAUCACUCCAUCAUGACUUCGGCUCGACUGCACAGCUGCUGCGCUGUGGCCUGGAUCAUUGCAUUGGUGCUCAUUGCUGUGCUCUUCUCCUUCCACAUGAAUGUCAAACUGUGUGGUCGCAUAAUCCCUCUAACAUACUGCAGCAACCGGGGCAUCCUGAAUCUGGCCUGCAUUCCUACCCCCGUCAGCGAUAUCUAUGGUCUAGCGAUGACCUGGACUUUAAGUACUGUGACCUUCAUUCUCAUCGCUUUUUCCUACAUCAGAAUCCUGAGUGUUUCCAUAAAACAAGGCAGAACAAACAGCAGCAUCCGCAGCAAGGCGUUUCAGACCUGUACUCCACACAUUGUUGUUUACGUUCUCUUUCAAAUCGCUUCACUUGUUGUGAUUUUAAGUCAGAGGUUCCCCUCUCUCUCCCAAAACAUGAAAAAGUUCUUAAGCAUCCUCAUCUUUAUUAUUCCCCCAAUCAUUAACCCCAUCAUCUAUGGACUGGUCAGUAAAGACCUGAGGGUCAGCUUUAUCAAACAUUUCUCCAUCAGAGUGAGAAGCAAAACUUAGC